CUAUCAGAAAUGACACUUGAUCAGCAUCUGCGCCCCUGUUGGGGCACGAUAGAAAGAACAAUACAGUUGCAAAAUUGUAGAGCUAGAUUGUAAAGCAUUUGCUUCUCUGCCUUCAUGCCCUGUUUGGAAAGCUCCUUCCACUUGAAACUUUCUUUAACUUCCUGUUUCACCAGUCAGAAUACUGUCUGUCCUUGAAGUUGUAGUUCCUGUUGCCGCUUCCACAGUUUUCUAAGUACCAGCUUGAAACGAUGUCCUCCCUCCUUUAUACUUUAUACUUUACACCUAGUGUGUACCCUGAGUCUAUACUCUGCCUUUAUUACACAGUGCUUUCUAAAUGAAAUCACUAAAAUUCUUUUGGUGAACUUUUGGUGAUUUGACUUAGGAAUGUUUUUAUUGGCAAUUUGAUAUCUAAAGAGAUAGAACAUCUUGCAUUGUUUAUUAAUUGGAAUGCUUUUGAGGGAGAUGUAUUAGGAAUGCAGUGCUGAUCUGAAGUUGAAGAUGAUGUAUAGAGUUUGGAGACAAAAGAUAGGAAGCUAUUGUGAUACUUUAGUAUUACUGAGUAAAUAGGCAGGGAGGAGAAGGGAACUACAUUUAGAUGUCUUGUUAUGGGCCACAGCUUGUACUAGGUGUUUUACGUUUUACGUACAUAAUUUCAUUAAAUUACCCCACUUACAAGCGCGAUUUCUUAACUGCUUAUAUUUUGUUGUUUUGUUUUGUGACUUCAUAUUUACUAAUGUGAAAUGACCAUUGAGGUGACAGAUAUGUGAAUAUUGUUUGGAGCCGUAAAAUUGACUUCUUUUCUCUUAUGGGCUUUUAGAAAUAAUUUUUAAAACAAACGAAAAUCAAGAAUCUUUGUAGUUAUUUGUAAUUUGGAGUCCUGCUCUAACCCAUUUGGUCACUCAACUACAUUGGACCAUCUUCCCCUAAUCUUUAAGGAAUUGAAGCCAUUUUUUAUGAAGGAAGUUGGCAGUCACUUUGAUGAUUUUGUGAACAAUCUCAUUGAGAAAUCAACAUCAUUAGACAGUGGGGGGUGUGCCAUCACGAGCUUUUCUGUUCUUGAAGGAGAUAAAAACCAUAGAGCUAAAGAUCUCAGAGCACCUCCAGAACAUGGAAAGAUUUUUGUUGUAAGGCGGUCUCUCUUAGACGAGCUGUUUGAGGUGGACCACAUCAGAACAAUAUAUCACAUGUUUAUUGCCCUGCUCAUUCUCUUUAUCCUCAGCACACUCGUAGUAGAUUACAUUGAUGAAGGAAGGCUGGUGCUUGAGUUCAAUCUCAUGUCUUACGCUUUUGGCAAAUUUCCUAUUGCCAUGUGGACGUGGUGGACCAUGUUCUUGAGUACACUUUCAAUUCCCUAUUUCCUCUUUCAACAUUGGGCCAGAGGCUACAGCCGGAGUUCUCACCCAGUGGUCCAUUGUCUCAUCCAUGGCUUCCUUUUCAUGGUCUUCCUGAUAGGAGUUCUAGGUUUGGGACCAACAUAUGUUGCAUUAGCUUACACGCUCCCACCAGCUUCCCGGAGCAUUGUCAUACUUGAACAGAUUCGUUUCAUAAUGAAGGCCUAUUCAUUUGUCAGAGAGAAUGUGCCUCGGGUACUAAAUUCAGCUAAGGAGAAAUCAAAGAUUGUUCCAGUACCCACAGUCAACCAGUAUCUGUACUUCCUGUUUGCUCCUACCCUCAUCUACCGUGACAACUAUCCCAGGACUCCCACUGUAAGAUGGGGUUAUGUCGCUAUGCAGUUUUUACAGGUUUUUGGUUGCCUUUUUUAUAUGUACUACAUCUUUGAAAGGCUCUGCACCCCCUUGUUUCGGAAUAUCAAACAGGAGCCCUUCAGCGCUCGCGUUCUGGUCCUAUGUGUAUUUAAUUCCAUCUUGCCAGGUGUGCUGAUACUGUUCCUUAUGUUUUUUGCCUUUUUGCACUGCUGGCUCAAUGCCUUUGCUGAGAUGUUAUGCUUCGGUGACAGGAUGUUUUAUAGGGAUUGGUGGAACUCUACAUCAUACUCUAACUAUUACAGGACCUGGAAUGUGGUAGUUCAUGACUGGCUAUAUUACUAUGCUUACAAGGACUUUCUUUGGUUUUUCACGAAGAGAUUCAAAUGGGCUGCCAUGUUAGCUGUCUUUGCUGUGUCUGCUGUAGUGCAUGAAUAUGCCUUGGCUGUUUGCUUGAACUUUUUCUAUCCAGUGCUUUUCGUGCUCUUCAUGUUCUUUGGAAUGGCUUUCAACUUCAUUGUCAAUGACAGUCGGAAAAGGCCAUUUUGGAAUGUUAUGGUGUGGACUUCUCUUUUCGCGGGCAACGGAGUCAUCCUGUGCUUUUAUUCCCAAGAGUGGUAUGCACGUCAGCACUGUCCUCUGAAAAAUCCCACAUUUCUGGAUUAUAUCCGUCCGCGUUCCUGGACUUGUCGGUACGUGUUUUAGAAGCUUGGACUCCCGUUUCAUUCCUUGACACUGAAGAUGGGAUUUCUGCCUGAUUUGGGGCCAGCAUCUGUUUCCAGCUGUUACUGAAGUUAUCUGUGCUAUUUGGACCACUCCAGGCUUUACAGAUGGCUUGCUCCAUUCCUAGGUCAGCUGAGAUGUUGGAAGUUUACUGGAAUCUUGUGCACUUGAAGCAGUACUUUUUUUUUUUUCCCCUACCUUUUUGGGAGAAGGGAGACUUAUAGCUGACAUAAUGACAGAUUUUUGCUGGCUUUUCGUUUUUUGACUCCAUCUAAACAUCAUGACUAAACAUGUUUUCUUGGCCACUGAAUUAGCCAAAACACGAAGAAAUCAUUUAAAUAUUUUAGGCUUAGAAAUUUUUUCAUGCACACUGUUGGAAUGUAUGCUAAUUAACUGUGUACUUGGGAAAGAAAAAAUAAUGUGGAACAUUUUGCUGUUUUUAGUAGAGGGGAAAUAACUAGUUUCCAAAGAUAAUCUUGUUAUACAUCUUAAUUGUUUUUUUUUUUUUUUUUUGGAAAGAAGUACAGUUCUAUUCAGUUUUUGCCUUGUUUCUCUAUAAGGUGUAGGUCAUAAUUUCUGUGAAGCAAAAUUACGCCGUUCAUUUUGAAUUCCUGAGUUUACAUCCGAAAUAUUAUAAACUGAGGGGGACAGAAGUAGGAAGGGAAAAAGAAAGAAGUGACACAGGACAAAGAAAAACGCUUCCUUGUACAGUUUCCAAAGCAAUUUUUAAAGACUUGCUGAAUCAAUCAUGUGUUUAAAUUAUUUUAUCAUGGAAUUUAUGUGGAAGGUAACUGCUUUGUUUAAACUUUAAGGUAAUAACUUUUUGGAAGUUAUUUAGAAGUACCCUUUGGUAUACUUAUUGUUUAAUAAAUACUGACUUGAAACAUUUUGCACACUAAUAAGUCUGUGACAUAUAAGUAUUAAUCACCUCCAUUAAUAUUAAAGUGAUUUUUAAAGAUCCAGAAGCUGGCUUCUGCAUUGCUCAAUUAUGGCAUUUUUAAUGGUAGUAUGCUUUAGGUGAAACAAAUUAAUAUGUGAUCAUUUUGAAGAAAAGGUACUCUAUUAUAUGUGAUGUUUCCAUGUUAUAAGAUGCCCAUUGCUGAUAAAGUGUGGUGUGCAGGAAUUGUUUUGUUCGUACGUAUGAGGUGUGAUUAUGUUUGUAAAGACCAAGCAUUGAACGGGAUAUCCGCGACCAUGUAGUUGAAGUUUCCACUCAGUGAAGUGAGACCGAAGAAUUACUCAAAAGAGGAUUCUUACUUGGAGUAGCCACCUUGAGAAGUUAUCUUGGUAUUAUAACAGCCCUACUUCCAUCCAAAAAGUUUUGGGACAUCUUUUUGGAAUUGUUUUAAAGUCUGUUUGAGUCUCAUAAGAAGGUAAAUAGACUUUGUUAGUAAACACACCUGAAUUUGUACCACAAGUAUCCAGCCUCAUUACCAAUUUUAUUCCAAUACCUUUGAUCCAUAUGAGUUCAGGCCAUUCCCAAACACCAAAUCCAGCUUUUUAACAGACAAAAGUGCAUGUGAAAAGAGGUUAUUUUUUAAAAAGUAACUCCCAUGUUCCCAAGCGGUAAUUGUCUAUACAGUGGUCUGGUAAUUGUAAUGGAGCCAUAACCUCCACAGAUUGCUUUAAUAUAGCUUGUACUUUCUGGCAUUUUUAUUAAAAAUUAAAAUGAGUCAA